AUGGCGGCGGAGCGGGCGGCGGCUCCGCGGGCCCAACCGCCCCCCGCGCCCCCCGGCAGCGGCCCCGCCGCCGCCUCCACCGCCCCCGGUGCCGCCGCCGAACCCGCGGGCCGGGCGGGGCUGAGCCUGCCCGGCAUCCUGCACUUCAUCCAGCACGAGUGGGCGCGUUUCGAGGCCGAGAAAGGGCGCUGGGAGGCGGAGAGGGCCGAGCUGCAGGCACAGGUGGCCUUCCUGCAGGGCGAGCGCAAGGGGCAGGAGAACCUCAAGACCGACCUGGUGCGGCGCAUCCGGAUGCUGGAAUACGCCCUCAAACAGGAGAGGGCCAAGUACCACAAGCUGAAAUUCGGGACCGAGCUGGCGCCGGGGGAGAAGCCGCGGCCGGAGGGGCCGGAACCGGUGUCGAACGGCCCCGCGGAGCUGCCGGUGCUGGAGGGGGGUCCCGUGGCCUGGAAGGAGGGACGGCAGCUCCUGCGCCAGUACCUGGAGGAGUUUGGCUACAGCGACACCAUCGUGGCCAUGAGAUCCCGGCGGGUCCGGUCCCUGCUGGGCCGCAGCCCCCCCGGAACCUCCCCCGCAACCGGGACCCCCAACCCCGGCCCCCCACCCCGGGGCAGCCCCCCCGGGACCCCCCCGGGGGAACCCCCCGGGGAGUCGCUGCUGCUGCGCAGGAUCCACGAGCAGAUCCAGAGGAACGCCGGGAAGGAGUCGGAGCAGAGGGGGGGCCUGGGGGGGCUGCAGGAGGUUCCUUUUCCCCCCGGGGAGGACGAGGACAGCGACGAGGACGAGGAGGAGGAGGCCGAGAGCCUUCACCCCCCCGGGCACCCCCAGCACAGGAAACAGCGAGUCAAGCUGAGCCCCAAACCCCUCCUGGCCGAGGUGGAGGAUGAGGAUGACGAGGAAGAUUCCGAGGACGCCCUGGGCGAGUUCGACUUCCUGGGCUCGGGGGAGAACAACAACGGGACGGGCCGGAGACCCGGGGGCUGCCUGGAGCUGGAGGGUCCCCGGGGGCGGCUCCGGGGGGUUCUGGAGCUGCCGGACGAGGCGCGGCCGCCGCGGGCACCCCAAGGGACUUUGGGAAUCUCCUCGGACGUUUUCAUCCUGGACGCCGUCGGCGCCGUCGGCCUGGGGGACCUGGCGGACCUGACGGUCACCAACGACAACGACGGCGCUGACGUGACAGAGGGCCGGGACGCCCUGAAGAAGACGUGGAGCCCCAAAUUCACCCUGCGCAGCCACUACGACGCCGUGCGGGGCCUGGCCUUCCACCCCGCCGAGCCCGCCCUGCUCACGGCCUCCGAGGACGGCACCCUCAAGCUCUGGAACCUCCAGAAACCCGGCAACCCCAAAAAGAACGCGGCGCUGGACGUGGAGCCGGUUUACGCCUUCCGGGGACACAGGGGCCCCGUGCUGGCCGUGGCCAUGGGCUGUGACCAGGGGCUGUGCUGCAGUGGUGGCCUGGACGCCCAGAUCCGGUGCUGGCGCCUGCCCGACCUCGACAUGGACCCCUACGACGGCUACGACCCCGGGGUGCUCUGUGGGGUCCUGGAAGGUCACGGGGACGCCGUUUGGGGUCUGGCCUUCAACGCCUCGGGGGAGCGUUUGGCCUCCUGCUCGGCCGACGGCACCGUCCGGAUUUGGGAUCCCCGGCGCCGGGACGGGCCCUGCCUGGGGGUCUACGACGGGCACAGCGAGCACGGUGUGCCCACGUCGGUGACGUUCUCGGCCACGCAGCCGUCCCACGCCGUCGCCUCCUUCCGCUCGGGCUGCGCCGUCAUCUACGACCUGGAGGCCGCCCGACCUGCCCUGGUGCUCGAGGCACGACCUGGCAAUGGUGUGCCCAGCCAGGUGAACCAGGUGGUGUCCCACCCCUCCCAGCCCCUCACCAUCGCCGCCAGCGACGACCGCGGCAUCCGCUUCCUGGACAACCGCACGGGUGAGCCGCUAAUUGGGGACCUUCGUUAG